AUACUGCGCGACUCAACCUGUGGCAGCCGAGAUGACCAGCUGAUCCUCUCGCAGUGGAUAAAAAACCCCGGAUCACCCGAAUUAUCACCAUGGUCACCGCCGCGUCAUGAGCUCUCAUCCCUCGCGCGGCACUAUGUGAACAGUCAUCGGAGAAGUAGACAAGAGGAAAACCACUGAAGCUUUGUGGAGCGAGUUAUUUGAUUGGACCUGCUGAUCCUCAGUGUGACAGACGGACACUCAGACUCUACCUGCGCGUCACGAUCACCAAUUAUGUUAGUGCCAAGUCUCCUUAUCGUCACCUUUUCUCACUUUUUGGCGCCUUACCUGCCGCAGGUCUCCGCACAGAAGCCUAGCUCUCGGUGGCUAAUCGGAGACAGAGACAGUCACUGCGGGGUCAUCUGCUCGCGGACGCAGGGGAAGCCGGUGUGCGGCUCAGACGGGCGGAGCUAUGAGACCGGCUGUGAGCUGCAGAGGGCACGCUGCAAAGAUAAAACACUGACGCUCGCUCACCGCGGCCGCUGUCGAGGUAAAAACUGGAUGAAGAUCGAUCAGCUGCCGGUGGCUCCAGCACCGACGGCGGCAUCGGAGGGCAGAGACCUGGAGCUGAAAGACGGAGGUCAGUCAAAGUGUCGGGUUGAGAGGAACCAGGCUCUGGAGCAGGCCAGGAGACCUCAGGAGUCCAUGUUCGUCCCAGAAUGCAACGAGGAUGGAACAUUUGCCCAGGUCCAGUGCCACACGCUGACAGGUUACUGCUGGUGUGUCACUGGUGACGGGAAGCCAGUGAGUGGCUCCUCUGUGCACAACAGGACCCCGGUGUGUUCAGGAAACUUCCGUGAAUUUAUGGGAACUCAUGCUGGGACAAGUGGAUUGUCAGGGUCAGUAACCGAUAGACCACCCGGGCCACCGAACUCUGGUAGAAAAGUCUCUUUCCGUUUCUUUCUCACCCUCAACCCAGAUGAUGGCUCCAAGCCCACACCCACCAUGGAGACCCACGUCCCCCCUGAGGGUGAUGCAGAGAUAACUGCUCCGACACUGUGGAUCAAACAGCUGGUUUAUAAGGAGAAUAAGCAGAACAGCUCCAGCUCCAGGAAACAAGAGAAAGUUCCCUCUUGUGACCAGGAGCGACAGAGCGCGCUGGACGAGGCUCGGCAGAAUCCUCGCGAGGCCAUUUUCAUCCCUGACUGCGGGCCCGGAGGCCUUUACAAAGCGGUCCAGUGCCACCAGUCCACGGGCUACUGCUGGUGUGUUCUGGUGGACACGGGACGGCCCAUUCCUGGAACCUCCACGAGGUACCAGACGCCCGAGUGUGACGGCGCUGCCCGAUCUCGAGUCUCUGACACAGAGGAUCCUUUCCAGGGCAGAGACCUGACAGGCUGCCCGGAGGGGAAGAAAGUGGAAUUCAUCACCAGCUUGUUAGAUGCCCUCACCACAGACAUGGUGCAAGCCAUAAACUCACCAGCCCCCUCUGGUGGUGGGAGGUUCGUCGAGCCUGAUCCCAGCCACACUCUGGAGGAGAGGGUGGUGCACUGGUACUUCGCCCAGCUGGACAACAACGGCAGCCACGACAUCAACAAGAAAGAACUGAAGCCUUUUAAGAGGUACCUGAAGAAGAAGGCCAAACCCAAGAAAUGCGCCCGCAAGUUCACCGACUACUGUGACCUGAAUAAGGACCGAGCCAUCUCCCUGCAGGAGCUGAAAGGCUGCCUGGGCGUCAGCAAGGAGGGCGGCUCGACGACAAGCGGCAACCAAGGGACAAGGCAAGGGACAAAGUUGUUCAUAGGUCGUCUGGUGUGAGACGAGACGGGUCCAGAAGCUGAGACGAGAGCAGAGGGCACAGAGGGAAGGCAUCUGUACGCUUGCUGACAGGAAAAAGAAAGAUGGAGCAGAAAAAUUAGGAAGUUCCUGAGUUUAAAAAAAAAAAAAAAAAAAAAAACGGACUGAAAAAAAACAAGAAAAGAAAACGAAGCGGCGCCAAAAUAUUUGCACUUUCUCCUCCCUAUGUUUGACAUUUGGUCUGUUUGUACGUGUUGAUUUUGAGUAAGAAUGAGAAGAAUAUAUUUGUAAAAAAAGAUGACACACCACUGGACACCCCCCCCCCCGUCUGUUGUUGUGAUUCUGUUUGUCCUCAGAUCGCACAAAAAGACGCUUACACACAUUCUGUGGCCUUUAAAUUAAAUUGACAUUUCCCCUGUGACCUGCAGCAGCAUACCGUGGUAACCAUCUCCAGAGCAGCCGGAGCGAACUGCUCAAUUUAAAAGUCAAAAGACAAAAGACCGUCUAAAGGAAUGUUGUUUGUGACCAUGAUGAGUUAACGGCAUGUUAAGAAUUAAACUGUGACCAUGACGUCUAAUUUAUCAGCACACAGUUUGCUCUGUGAGUCCCCCGCGCACUGGACACAACUUUCUAGAUCCGCUGCCAUUGGACAGUUUUUGGGAACUAUGUUUAAGAAUCAGUCGACCAACAGAUCGUGAAGUUAGAAGGACGUGAAUCUUUCCUUUCUUAUCACAUAGUUACUUAAAGUUGUGCAACCCAAAGCCGAUGCAGGGCCAUCAUGGUGGAUGUGGUUUACAGAUUUCUCAGUUGACACAAGACGCCUUUUCAACGUUUUAUCCAUUACUGUAAAAUCAAGUCGAGCGGUAUUUUAGACUCAGGUUGCUUUUGGGGGUCUCUCAGAGUGUCUUCCUGUGUGAUGAUUUCCAUCGUGUUCAUCAAAAUCCUCAACGGUCAGAUAGUGUGUAGCUCUUUGAGUACCAGCUGUGUCCACCAGGGGGAGUCUGUAAUCCUGCUAGCUACCUGUACGCUAGUCGAGCCCUCGGCCUGGAUAGAUGUGAAGUCAAACCGACAGCCUGCGACCAGUUCACCUAGAGUCGAGCUACACACCUCUGCUGUCUUUGUCUUUUCUUUAACAGUAGAGAUGUUAUAACACUUAUCUCAAAGUGGGUUAAAUGUUCAGUUCAAUUCAGACAAGCCGACUCGUCUAAACUUAAGAAAACACUCGAGCUUAACACCGGAUCACAGGGUGAGCGGGUGAAAUAUGUCAGAUUACUUUACCAACUGAAGCUAACCUUAGCAGCACCCGGGUUUACGUCCACAUGCCCAUGCUGAAUGUGGUUACUUAUCGCUGUGGUCAAUAUACCAGGCGUUGAUCAAAACACCAAACGGCGCUGCUCCUAUGAGAUGCGCUAUGUCUCUGUGCUUGUUUACAUCCAGGUAGUAGAGCGAGGAGAUCAGGCCCAUUAACCCAGCAAACUUUGCGCAACACAUACAAAAUUAAUUGGGGCAAUUUUUCGUCUCAUCAGGCAGCGUGGUUGUUGGUGGCAACUGCAGUUGAUGUCAUGACGGUGCAUGUCUGCGAUGAAGUUUUAGAUAGACACCCAUUUUAGAUAUCACAACAGUGUUUCGCAUGCAGUUCACUAUGUGCACCAGAUUUUACAGUAUUUCAAAAACUUUAAGGCAACAAAACAUGAAAAAGAAAUGGCUGCAAGAACUGAAAAAAGAUCUUCAAUCACAGCCUCCCGUUAAAAACGAGACAGUCCCAGCAGCCUCCAGUAGCGAUGCAGCUCAGCAUGAAGCAGGUAGAACACCUCCACAUGAAGACAACCGACCUUACAGCAGGUACCUUAAAACCAACCCUAACCCGAGAAAUAAAACAGAAUCUAAAGGGAGAGAGAGAGAUAACACUUCAGGAUCCCUAAACGAGACUCAACCGAGUCCAGUGACCUUUGGUUCCAGCUUUGAAUGCCAUGACCUGGAUGACUGAGAACCUCCAUAAGACACCUGAAUGAGACUUAACCGCCCGUUAGAAAGAAACACAAUCUAAAAGGUCAAACAUCGAACUGUGUGCUGAAGCUCAGAAAACAGGAGCUUCAGGGUUCCUCGAAACAGACCGAACUUAGAUUGAGAGAGAAACACACUGAAGGGUUCCUGAAAACAGACUCGUCCUCUUUGUAAAAAGACAUGCUAGGGAGUUCCUUAACACAGACUUAGAACAGACACUGAUCAGAAACCUUGUGUGUUAAAGAAGCGUCAGGAGAGAUUGUGGAUACAUUUCCAUAAACUAGAAGGUCACAUGAUUGGUUUACACCCUGUGCUGUAAUUUGUGUACUUUUGUGGUACGUUGUAAAGUAGCUGAGGCUAGUUUAAUACUCACUCCACUUAAUGAUCAAACCUGGAAAACGGCUAACGAGUCUCCGAUCAUUUCAG